AACUAAGAGAGCUUAUUGACUCUCUUAUAGAUUUAAGAAAGAAUGAGAAUAUUGCUAUCUCUGAAAAUGCUGCAAAUAGUCGAAAGCGACAUAUAGAGGACGAUGAUUACCUUGAGUAUCUGUGGAAAGAUUUGAAAGAGAUUAAUGACUUAUUUUUACCUUUUCGGACCCAAACAAUUGAAAAGUGGAGUAAUAAAGUUCAAAUAGCGUCUGGUAUACCUCUUAAUAAAAAGUUUAAGGCCAUCAAUCAAGGUGUUAAUGAUCAAAUUGCACAUGUUUUAUGUGAUCGAGAACGAUUGAUUAAGAGGACACAGUUAAAGAGAAAUGCAGACAAAAUUUUAGGAAAAGCAAAAAUAUUUGACGAUACAGAUUUCUAUCAACAAUUGUUACGUGAAUUGAUUGAAAGGAGUGAUGAUAUUAGCAAAGUUAAUGUUAUUGAAUUUCAUUUUCUUUGUUUAGACGAUCCUGUCGCGUUAGGUUUACGUUGGGCAACAUUAAGGCAGACUAAACAAAAGAAAAAACAUGUAGAUACUAAAGCUAGCAAAGGAAGACGAUUAAGGUAUCAUGUUCAUGAGAAAUUGCAGAACUUUAUGGUCCCAAUUCCCUCUGGUACAUGGCAUGACAACAUGAUUGAUGAAUUGUAUUCGUCAUUGUUAGGUAAGAAAAAUGAUGGAUUGGAUACUGAUGAAAGCGAGGGAAAAGAGUUGAAUGAUAAUACCGUGGAG